AUUAAAACUCACAAAUUUUGACAAUCUUAAAUUCUUAAACAUCAUUAAUUAAUAAUUUAAAAUUUUAAUCAAUAGUGAAUUCUUAUCUCAUUGAUUCUUGUUAAGAAGUAAACAAUUACAAAUUUACAAAUCAAAACAAGUCGUAAAACAACAUUAAAUUAAUUUGAAUGGUGUUAAAUUUUUAAAAAAUUGUGUGUGUUAUUCUUGAAAUGGCUACUGAAGAUGCAUUCGAUCAGUUUGACGAAGAAGAACAACAAGUAGAAAGUCAAUCAUUUACAAAAGCUGGUCGAAAGCGACUUUUUUCAAAGGAAUUGCGUUGUAUGAUGUAUGGUUUUGGUGAUGAUGAAAAUCCAUAUACUGAAAGUGUUGACAUACUUGAAGAUCUAGUGAUUGAGUUUAUCACAGAAAUGACUCAUAAUGCUAUGGAAAUAGGACGAUCUGGACGAGUUCAAGUAGAAGAUAUUGUAUUUUUAGUGAGAAAAGAUGCAAAAAAGUAUGCUAGAGUCAAAGAAUUAUUAAUGAUGAAUGAAGAAUUGAAAAAAGCACGUAAAGCAUUUGACGAAGGAAAAUUUGCUGGUAAUGAAGUCCCAAACAACAGUAAUACUAGUAUCAAUAAAUAAUGAAUGAGACUUUGUUCGAUUUAUAUUUAUUCGUAUUACUUAAUAUGUACUUUUACAUUAAGUAACAUUGAAUGCUUUACUUUUUAAAUAACUUUUAAGCAUUAUAACAUUG